AUCUUCAAUUUCAGAAACCGAAACUGCAACCGACUGAAGAAAUUUAAACAAGAAUAAAGAGAGAUUGAAAGCCUCAUUCAAAGUUGAAUAUUACGUCAAUAUAAACAUUAAUUGAAUUUAUGAUUGAUAUAUAAUACAUUGAAGCCAUGCAUCAGUUUGACGACAUCAAAAGUAAAAGCAAUUUAAUAUGAACGAGAGGCGUCACAGCCGGUGCAACUAGAGAUAGAGAGAGACGAGAGAGUGAAGUGUGUUUGAGACGUUGAACGUUGAAACUUCUACUUUGACAUAGAAGUGCAUCAAUCGAGAAUAUUUGAAAAACAAACACAUAAAAAGCACAUAAUACAUACACAAACCCACAAACACACAAACACUUAAAACGGCGCACAUCUUUCACUGUGUGGAGCAGCGUAACUGGAAUCGCUGAGCUUUGCAUAGACACACCAACAAUGAAAUUAAGUGUAAGUGCAUAUCGCGCACAUGCAUCGGCACAUAAGAAAAUCCUAUCCAGCAGCUAUCAGACAACGCUCAACUACGGGAGCACAGCUGCAUCUAGUUCAUCAACACCAGCCAAUACCUUAUUUUCGAUGGAACCCAUAACUGACACACAGUUGACGGCAACAAGCACAUUAACAUCGUGUCCAACAGCGACAAUAAUGAGCGGUAACAGUAGCGUUGGCAGCAGUGCAAGCACUCAUCACCAUCAUCUUCACAAUGCGCACGGUCAACCAAUGACGCUAUUGAGCCCGAAAACUGAAACAGCGCUAUCGCCGACCGGUGGUGAGGCGCACACCACCACCGGCUCCAUGGUCACAUCGAAGGAAGACGAAGAGGAUUCAAGUAAUGCAGCAUCAUCCGAUUGCAAGAGUCCCGGCCAACGUUUUUUACAUCAUUACGGCCCAUCCACAUCGUUUGCAUCACAAUCAAGUCUCGGAAUCAUUUUGGAAAAUACUGCAAUUGAAAAUAAUUUGCAACGGCACCAGCGCAGUCACAGCCUAAAAAAUCGACACGAAUACGAACAAUUAGACGGUGAUUAUUAUGAUGAUGAUGUGAACGGUAGCAGCAGUUGCAGCAGUGGCAAAAAUGCUGAACAAACCAAUACGGCGGCGAAAGGUUCACGUGGCUGGCGAAAUGUCCGUGCCGUCAUGGCAUACUAUUAUACGCUGCGAAAAAUCAAGAGGACGAAAUCGAAUCAGCGAUGGAUGAAACUACGAACAACCGUGCAAUUGUCGUCAGCCAUACAGAAAAAACCGCCGCUAAAACGAGAGGACUCUUUUCUAAAACGCUUUUCGACGCGACAAAUACCAGAAACUCAGGAAACGAUGGAGGAAACGGGUUCGGAGAGUGCAUCUGGCGAUCAUGAUAAAAGUUCGAAGCGACGCCGACGAUACAAUCAAAAGCGACGCUCCGUUGUCAAUCCGGAUGAAAAUUUCUAUUUUUAUUGGUUGAUGGUGUCCACCGUAUGCAUUUUAUACAAUUUAUGGACUCUCAUCGUUCGCCAAAGCUUUCCCGAAUUACAGGAGUUGAUACCGAAUUUUUGGUUCGGCUGCGACUGCAUCACUGAUAUAAUAUUUAUAUUGGAUAUCGUUGUACAGCUACGAACUGGAUAUCUGGAACAAGGUCUUAUGGUUUAUGACGAUAAAAAAUUGGCCCUUCAUUACAUGCGAUCGAGAAAAUUUCUCUUCGAUUUGGCUGCUUUAAUACCGCUAGAUUUACUUCAAAUUAGAUUAGGCACACAACCGUUACUUAGAUUUCCACGUUUUUUAAAAGUUUACAGAUCUGUUAAAUUUUAUUAUAUCGUUGAGAGUAGAACUGUAUGGCCGAAUUUAUGGCGUGUAGUUAAUUUAAUUCAUAUAUUGCUGAUAUUGGCUCACUGGUUUGGAUGCUUCUAUUUCCUGCUGUCGGAAGUCGAAGGAUUUCAGGGUGAUUGGGUCUAUCCAUACCGACCGGGUGACUAUGCAACGCUGACACGAAAAUAUUUGGGUAGUUUGUAUUGGUCAACGUUAACACUCACAACCAUCGGUGAUUUGCCAACGCCAGAAACGAAUGCUGAAGCAUCCAAUUCGCCAGACGGACCGAGAUCACUUCCGCGCCGUGGUAUUAAGUCACGUUUACUUCAGUUUGCAUCAAACUAUGGGUACAUUUUUACGAUAGUCAGCUACUUGAUAGGCGUGUUUAUAUUUGCAACAAUUGUGGGUCAAGUGGGCAAUGUGAUAACCAAUCGAAAUGCAAAUCGACUGGAAUUCGAGAGACUCUUAGACGGUGCCAAAACCUAUAUGCGACAUCAUAAGGUACCCGGUGGCAUGAAACGGCGUGUGCUGCGAUGGUAUGAUUAUAGCUGGUCACGUGGACGGAUCCAAGGUGGUGGUGAUAUCAAUACGGCAUUGGGUCUACUACCUGAUAAACUAAAAACUGAAUUAGCAUUGCACGUUAAUUUAAGCGUGUUGAAAAAGGUGACAAUUUUCCAAGAGUGCCAACCGGAAUUUCUACACGAUUUAGUGCUAAAAAUGAAAGCGUACAUUUUCACGCCCGGCGAUUCGAUAUGUCGUAAAGGUGAAGUAGCACGUGAAAUGUUUAUCAUAGCUGACGGUAUUUUAGAGGUGCUCAGCGAAACCGGUAAAGUGCUGACUACAAUGAAGGCUGGCGAUUUUUUCGGUGAAAUCGGCAUCCUCAACUUGGACGGUUUAAACAAACGAACGGCCGAUGUACGAUCGGUUGGUUACUCGGAAUUGUUUUCAUUGUCACGUGAGGAUGUGUUGGCCGCAAUGAAAGACUAUCCAGAGGCUCAAGAUAUACUGCAAACAUUGGGCCGCAAACGAUUGAUGGAAGUGCGAUGUGUCAACAAGAAGCACGCUAAAAAUGUGGCCGAGCGUGAGAGUAUAGCAAGUAACGUGCAUCUUCGCAAUAAAAAUCUAGAUAACAGUAGUGAUAGUACAUCUAAACGCAUUGUAGAUAAACUGCGGAGCGAGGCAAAGGGGAUAAAGAAUGUGUUGAAAAAAUCCAGAUGGGCGACGGGCCGAAGGAGUAACGAGUCAAUUGAAUUACAGCCGCUUCACUUGCAGAAAGGCCCAAAAGGAGUUUUACGACGGAUGCCACGUGUUCGAUCUGAUGAAAUACAUGAGACACCUGCUGACCAGGCACAGCAUGUACAGGCACAGCAUGUACAGGCUCAGCAUGUUCAGGCUCAUGCUCAUGAAAAGGACAAAACACCAAGUCCAAUCGGUGCCGGUUUGCCGUUGCUGCAACGACUUCGAUUACUUAAGGAAAAACAAGAUCGCGAAGAGCGAGCUGUAAAACCUGCACAACCAAUGAUACCAUCACCACAAAAUACUCAUGUUAGAUCUGCUGUUUCACCACAGCAAUCAAUUCAAGAAGAGAACGAACAACAACCGGAUGUUGUUGGUCCUGGUUUGCCGCUAAUUAAACGUUUAUUAUUGCUCAAAGCCAAGGAAGAACGUAUAGCUAAAGAAACACAAGGAAAGCCAACGCAACCGGCAGUAACGACAAUAAGUGAUUCGGUCGCAUCGAAUGCGAUGUUGAUUUCCUUGAAAGCAACAACGAAUACAACGACCAGUCUGAUGGCUGGUUUAAUGCCAACUUCGAUGCCCGCACCAGUUGCAAGCUCGUCGGUCAAACCGAAAGUUUCCUUCCGUGAUCGCAUCAAAAGUUUACAGCAUUCGGAUAGCAAACAGGUACCAUUUGUAUCAGCAAUGACUGCCAGUAGCACAAUUGCUGACAAAGAGCACAAACCGACCAGUGAUGACAAGGAAAAGCUCAUCGAAGCCGCACCGUGCACAGCAAGCAUCAGUGUGGUGGCCAGUACCUCGACCAGUGGAAAUGGGAGACCCACAAAAUCAUCCGGUGCCCUUUCGUUUAGGGACAAAAUAAAGCAACAGUUGGGUCAUCAACAUGCCCGAAGUGAAGAAAUACAAACGGCACAACUGAGACCUUGGUCAAAACUUAAAUUGGCCACCGUGUUAAGUGGUGGCAGCAGCUAUGCAAGCCUGAACAAUAGCUUUACCGAUUCACCAAAACAUAUGCAGCAUCAACAGCAACAACCGCUCAUCAAAAUAGCCAAAAUUAGACCAACGACCAGCGCACGCGUAUCAAUUCCAGCGAGACAAAAAGCAACGACCAGCAAAUCAAGAUCUGCAACCGCACAAAAAGUUGAUAGUUUGAGCGUGAAAAGUAGCGAACGCAUUUGCACAAGUGACAGCGAAAUACGGCAUUCGGAAUGGCAAUCGAACAAUAAAUUGAAAUUCCAAUCGCGAACACUGAAAUCGUGUGGCGAAAAGAAAUGUUAUCGAUCAGUUGAUGAUCUAUCGCCCGAGUAUGGUGGCCUUCCAUUUGUCAAGAAAUUGAAAAUCCUUAACGAACGACAAAAAUUGGCCGAAUUGGAAUCGGUGAUGACAACGCGUAGCUUUAGCCUCGAUUGCCCCGAAUGGAGCGAUGGCAACGAACCAGAGCCAUUGAUUCGUAGCCAUAGCGAAGGAUCGGGCAUGCCCAGAUCCAGAAUAUCAACAAUAACCACAGUCGCACCCACAUCUUAUUUGAAUACGACCAACACAAUAGUGGCAAUAGCACCAUUGAACAUACCCAGAUCACCAGUCAGUCCGGAAUCGAAUGAAACGCAGGAGAGACGGGAAUUGAAGAGCAUUUUGAAAAAAUUGUCCGAAGAGAAGAGCGUAGCGACCACACCGUCGCAACCAAAUGCAGCGAUUAACGAAGCAGAUGAAUUGAAAGGAUUGCUGAGUGCGCCGACCGUCGAAGGUCCGCCGCAAAGUGCGCACAGUGCGAUCGACGAACGUAGUUCAUUCCCACUGCUGUCGGGCGCACAAUCACCCAACGAAAUGACAACGUUAAUUCAAGUCGAACACCACAAACAACAACAACAACAGCAACACAUCCAAUCUGAUCAAUCUUUUUUAUUAUUACCCGACAGUAUAAAUAGUAAAGCUAGUAGUUUAGAGGACGAUGUAGCGAUCGCCGAUGAUAUGUUCUUGUCACAAGAGCAAUUAUCAUUGUCGCCACACCAGCUGUUCGAGAGCCAACCGCAGAAAAUCGAGGAGAGCAGCCCGUUGAAUGGGUCUACAAAUCCAUUUAUCUCUAAUAAAAUUAAGGUCAAAGGUUCAAUUGAGGAACAUGAGUUGUUUAGCGAAGUAUUGAUAGGCAUAAAGAAUGUGAUUUCAACACAUUUACGGGACGUUCAAUUGAAAUUCGAAGAUCACUUUCAAUCGCUCGAUUUCGAAAUACGCCAACGUGACGUGAUGAUCGAUCAACUGCAGCAUCGAAUAUUAGAGCUGGAAAAUGGGCAUGGAUCACCCACAAAUGUGUACAUUGCUGCUACAUCUGGGACUGGAAACGGUAGUACGGGAUCAUCUGGUGAUAUUCCGUUCGUGCGUGGAGAUUCAUUGGAUACGAUUUUUGCGUCGUCGCCCCCACCAACGGAUAGUGAACGCGAAAAUAGGGUUAAAUCAAAAACAAAGAAGCGAAGCUCACCACGACGACGUCACCAAUUGGAGCAACAACAACAAGGGAGUACUGAUCAAGAGACCGCCUCCUAUGAGCCAGUAACACAUUUGUCACAGCUGCGAAACAGUUCAAGCAUGAUAAUCGACAAUGUAACUGGAAAUAUUACUCAAUUGUCAGACUCAGUCAUUCUGAACAUUGAUACGAGCUCAGACACUAGUUCCAGCAUCGAUGACGAUGUACACGAAGAGGAGGAAGAAGGUGAUGACGAUAUACGUGAAGAAGAAGACGAAGACGACGACGAUGUGGAUAUUGACGAUGAUUUAAAUCAUGAUAACUGGGAGAUCAGGAUGUUGGCGGCUGAAUUGAAUAGACGUGAAAGUAGGCGCGAUGAACCGCUCAGUUCCGAAGCCAGCGAGGCAAAUGAAAGUUCAUCACGACAACAUCUUCACAUGCGCAGCGACAUUUUGGAUACGGAUACCGAAAACAGUGAAUUAGAAACUGAUCGUAUACAAAGGGGACGUGCACGUUCCGCUAGUUUUGACCAGCAAAGCGUGCCACGGCAACGGCCUAGAGGCAUUUUAAAAGCUUUCAGUUUCGAUCGAGAUAAAAAUCAACUUUGAGGGUUAAGUUAUAGCGAGUUUUGUACAUAUGCACGCCUAUUAACGUAAACGAACAAAAGGCCACACACAAUUUUCAAUAUAAAAAAAGACAAUUUAACACGAAUCGAAAUUAAUGUAGACAUACUUGUUUUUUCACCGUUCAAAAAAAAGAGAAAAGAAAAACAAAAAAGAAACUCUUCAUUUUAUACUCAAAUUAAAAAUUCUUAUGGCAAUACGUUUUAAUAUUCGAGAGACUAUCCUUUGUUUAUACUGCAAUAAAGUAAUUUGAAUGAAGUCCUUUUAAUCACUAUUAUUGACUCAAUAAUAAUCUAUUGCGAGCGUAUUUAAUCCAUGAAAUUUAUAUUCGUAGUCAUGCGAACUUAAUGAGAGAGGACUUAAUGAACUGCACUCGAAUCAAUUAGCACCAAAAAGCACUUGAGUAUUUACAGUGCCGUAGCGUGUUUGUUGGCAUUGUACCAAAUGAAUUCAGCGUUUGCAAAACGUUGCAAUUAUGUAGUCAACACCAACAAUUACAUACGCAUUUCGAAGAUGUGCCCACGCUGUGCAUGGUUUUCACUCAUUCGCCUUCUUGUGUCAUUCUUGCAAUACGAAUUCGAAAUGAAGGGACUUCAAGAGUUGAGAAAUGAAUAAAACCAAAUUUAAUGUGAAAUCAUCAUAAAUUUAAGCUUUUUUUAUAACCAAAUAAGACCUAUUUUGAGUCAAUUUCGAUCGCAUGUUGAUAACACACUGGCACUGAAACUAUCAUUAGUGCUUGUCGAUCACAAAAUAUUGGAAGUAUUAUAUUAGAUAAAAUAAGUGGCGAACGAUAGAUGAACAACCAUUUUUUUGCUCCACAUCUGGCUUUGCAUUUCGUAUGACAUCGAACGUCUUCUUCAGUUUGGAACUUGAGAUCUCUAUGAACCUGACAAAAAAUUAAAACUUAAAUGCCGAUUUGGGCAUCAACUUUCUCCACUCAGCUCAAAAUCUGAAUCAGUGUCCUGGAUCAAAAAAUGGUUGUGUCGUCUUGUCGGCCAAUUGCAAAUAAUUAAUUAAUUUGUACAUAUAAAAACCAAAAAGCAUAAUUCUACAAUCCUCUUUCGUUUUCGUCCUUAAAACAAAUGUAAUUAAACCAAACCAAAAGAGUGCUUAGUACCUAAAACAAAAGAAAAACCUGACACAAACAACAAAAAAUUACUACUAAACGUUAAAACAUUAGACACCGUUUAUUUCAAAAUAAAUUAACUUUAAUUAGAUUAACUUAAAUCAAUGUGAAGAAAUUAUAAGAAAAUCGUUAGUCAAAUAGAGAAAUCUGAAAAAUGAAUAAGACCAUGAUCAUCAUCAACUGUGUUGAGGUAAAUAGUGUUCAUUUCGCAAGUACAAAAUAUGUUUUCCGUACAUUUAUUUUUUCGUUCCUUGAAUUGAUUCUGUGUAAUAAUACCUAACUAUGCAUUUAUCGUGUUCAUUUCGAGUCUUUAGAUAAUUUCUUUCAAUGUUUAGUCAGACUGGUUCGCUUAGUACAACUGCAACGGAAUUAAUUUGUCACAUUAAAUUCAAUCUCAUUUGACAUCGCCAUGUGAAUUCAUUUAUUUUGACACGAAAAUCCACCCUCAUACACUUCAACUUCACAUUAUAUAAGUGAAUAUGUAGCUAUUCUAUGAAUAUAAGUUACUUUUCGAAUUUUUCCCAUUCAUUGUGUCAGGUUGAAUCUAAAUAAAUAGAAUUUCAUGUUGGAUUUUGCUGAAAUCAUCACCACGAUAUCCGGUGUGUUUCACAAAACCAAACGAAAGUAAAAGAAAAACAAUUCUAUUUUAAAUCGUUAUUUACUAGAUGGUUGAACGUUAUGAAUGUUCUCAAUGGUAGCCACUAAGAAAUUAGCAUUUAAAAUUGAACCGAUUAAAGAGAGAAGACAAUUUAAACAAAAUAAAUAAAAUACAUAAAGUUAUAUUUAUAAUUUAUCUGUGAUAGCAAACAGAAACUAUGACAAAUUAUUUGAGGAACGAAUUUGAUUCGAACGACGAUAAAUAAAUGUCCCAUUCAAACACACGAUUCCUUGAUUCCGAGAUCAACAAGUUCCUGUUGACACCAUUCAUGCAAUAACUUUCGUUUCAUUCGGUUAUUUUUCUGUGAAAUUGAUAAAACACGUGACAUAUCAAAUCAAUGACAAACAUUUAAAAAAGAAAACCAUUCCAAUUUUUCCAUUCGACAAAGCAAAAAUAUGUCUUGCACCAUCAAUGAAAGUAUCAUGACAUAUAUGUGUAUUCCAUAGAUUUAUUUUUCUUCAAAUUCGAUAAGAUCCAAAAACAAUUGAAGCUAAAGAGAGGGGAAAAUACUCAAAACCAUAUUACUGAACAAUAGAGAGUGACCGAUUUCAAUGAAAACCAUUUUUUUUUUCAAAUAAAAUCAGUAUUUGCAACCGUUUAUUAGUUUUUUUUUCAACAUUAACUUUAAUUAAAGGAAAAACGAAUGGAAGAGGGGAGAACUAAUUUCAAACUCUCAGCGCAGGUGCAAAAUGUUAAGGGAAUAGAUUUCAUUUUCUUUUCGUGUACUCGUCUCGAUCGAGUGCACACGAUGAAAAUUAUAAGAAAUAUGUCAUUUAUAUUUCCAUACGAAAUAUAAGUAAAUGGACCGACCAAUAUGAUAUAAUGAAUGAUUUGAAUGUUAUAGAAUGUAUAAAAAAAAGAGAUACGUAUGUAUGUUUAUAUAGAAACGUUUAAAACAAUAAUAAAAGAAACAAACUCGUUUAGAUUUCUAUUUAUUUAUUUCCGAGCAAAAAUCAAGUGUGAGAAACUUUUAAGUGCCUACAUGGCUAUCUGCUUCAGUUGUUUUCUUCUCGUUUUGAUUGUUUUUCCGAUCUUUCGUUUUAUAUCUCCGAGAUGAAGAAAGGCAAAGAUAUGCAAAAAAAAAACCAAAACAAGGAAAAAGAUAGAGAUUUAAAUUUACUGCACCGAACUCAAGCGAUGAUAUCGAAAACUUGAGCUCACAAACAUUGAACUAGACUUAUUAUGAAUAUUAUAGAGAGAACCAUUGAGCACCAGGUUUAUUAAGAAAAAAAAAUAACAACCAAAUUAUUUCAAUUGAUAUGAUAUGAAGAUAUAGCAUUUAGUAAUGGGGACAAAAAAAAACACAAAACUAUAGUAAAUCGUCAUGUAAUAUUGAAUUAAAACAAAUGCCCUAUAAGAAAUAGAACUAUAUUUACGAAUCUGUUAGCUAAGACGGUUGAAUAUUUGAUGAACAAAUACAACAACAACAAAUACCACAAAAUAAAUUCAACACAACAAUGGUAUAUUGUAAAAAUUAUUUUUCAGUUUGGAGCGAAUUGAAAUUUAACUCAAAAUGGAAAUUUAGAAUUAACAACUAUGAAAUGAUAUGGAAUACAUAGACAAAGGAAACUGAAAUUGAAAUAAAAAUUACUAGACAUUUUAAAU